AUGUGUACCAGCCCGUACACAGACGGCAAGAAGGAGCCGAUUAGGGCCCUCCCAGCUACAUGGUAUACCUCACCUGACAUGUUCGAACUCGAGCGGCGCGCCAUAUUCAGCAAGAAAUGGAUGUUAGUCACCCACGAAGUACGGUUGCCCAAUACCGGCGACUGGGUAAGGUUCGAGAUUGUCGGGUAUGAAUAUGUCAUAUCGAAGGACCGCAAGGGAGAAUUCCACGCCUUCCAUAAUACGUGUCGACACCGCGCUUAUGCUGUUGUUGAUAAGCCAUGCGGUCGUAACCAGAUCCUGUCGUGCAAGUAUCACGGGUGGUCGUAUGCUUUGGAUGGCAAGCUCACCAAGGCGCCGUGGUAUGAUGAUGUGGAAGGGUUUGAUAAAGCCCAGAAUGGUCUAUUCAAGAUCCAUCUGAGGAAGGAUAAACUCGGCUUUAUUUGGGUGAAUCUGGAUGCAGACGAGGACCCUGAGUCCUGGGAGAAGGAGUUUGACGGUAUUGACGAGCAGAAGAGAUAUGAUGGAUAUAAUCUCUCUGACUACGUAUUCAAUCAUGAAUUCGAAAUUGACGCAGAUACAAACUGGAAACUCUGCUCGGACAAUUUCAACGAAUGUUACCACUGUCCCACUUCACACCCCACUAUCCCGACCUUGUUCGAUGUCGAGACGCUCACUCAGGAUUCAAAGGACGGCUACGUUGUCUCUGUGUCUGCGCAGAAUGAGGAGCAGAAGAGGGAAGGUCUCCAGAUUUGCACAACGUACUACUUUCCUAACGUAUCCACCAACAUUCUUCCCAACUAUAUCAUGCUACAGAGAUUCCUCCCCCAAUCCGCCUCGCGAACCAAAAUGCACUAUCAGAUCUUCCGCAACAAGAACGCCAAACCGGAACUGUUCGAAAAGAUCGACACUCUCUAUAAACAGGUCAUGAAUGAAGACAAGGGUCUCGCAUGUGGUGUGCAGAGGAACAUGGAGCGUGGCCUCUUCGUCAACGGUCAAAUGCACCCUCGCGUGGAGAGUGCGGUGCUCCAUAUGCAGUCGAGGACCCGUGAGAUUGUUAAAGAGCACGCAGAGCAGGAAAAGACUGCAGGGCACCAGAUCUGGCCUGCUAGUCAGAAUCCGACUACAGAUGCUGUGACCAAGGAGGAUAGGGCGUUCUGCGACGGGCUUCCGUGUGCGCCUGCGCAGGCUGCUGCUGUUGCGUGGUGA